AUGUCUGCCGCAGACGAUACUAAGAUAGUCAGGAUCACUGUUCGCUCAGCGCAUUCCCUUAUCAAGGACAGAAUUAGCCUGCCAGGCCAACCCGACCUUUACGUGGUGGUCUCGGUAGACACUGAUCAAACGCAUACGACUAAAUCUAUCAAGGGUACGUCCAACCCUACAUGGAACCAACAUUUUGACAUCACUGUCAAGCGGACGUCAACAAUUACUAUUCGGGUCUGCUACGGGCAUAUUCUCAGGAGGAAGGCGAAAAUUUCAGGCUCAGUCACGCUUAAGGGGGUGGAGGCUCUUGAGUACUCUGAAACUCCCGACAGCUUGGUCACUAGAGAUAUUGUUACGACGAAUGGCCGACAAACAUGCGGCAAGCUUCUUGUCUCUUUCUCCCUUCUGAGUGUGCGGGCAGAUCAUAUACCUCAGACGGCUGUACUGCCAGCGGCGGUAGAGCAACAGUCUCCUGUAUCUGCUUCCCCGCAGCGCACAAUAAUGGCUUCGCCUCGAGAAGCUGUCGUACCACAGCAAGAUGUGAUAGAUACUUCCACGUUGUCCCAUCCAGCAGAGCAACAAGAAUCUCCGUCAGCUUCGUCUCAGCAGCCAAUGGAUUCACUCUUGCUUCCACAAACCAGUUCUAGCCAACAGGAUUUUACUGUUCGUCCUCCUGAACCAGGGAGACAUUUCUCAACGUCGUUCACCGCCUCUCAACGGCAGCGGAUUCCAUCUUCCAUUCAACAAACCGAGGCAGGCGAGCAGCAUCACGUAGAUGCGUUAACUACACCCACUGGUCUGGUGGAAGAACAGCUAUCGUCCCAAGAACAGCUCUGCACUCCACAAGCCAGUACAGGGCUACAGGGACAGACAGAUGGAGUACUCACAUCCCUGCCUCUUUCGCAACGGUCAGGACCUUCACCUUCACCUACAACUUCAGAACGGUCAUCAGAGACUUCGUUCUCAUUCUCUGAUAUCAUCACUGGCCACGCAUCUGCGCUGCCGCAACCCCAAUACUCCACGGUUUCACCUGUCGCCCCACAGCAGAGUCCGCCCGCAAUCUCUACAACGAGACCUCAGCAGAACCAGUUUCCAUCAUCUUCCGUGGGAGUGCUUCAAUCCUCUAUGCCUCCUCCCUUCACGUCACAGGACCCAUUGACUACAUCACUGCCCAGUGGUUGGGAGAAGCGUUACACCCGCGAGGGUCAGCCAUAUUUCGCGGAUCAUAAUAGGAAAGUGACGACGUGGAGUGAACCUGUUGCUUUACCGAGUGGCUGGGAAAAACGCUAUACCGCAGCCGACAGGCCAUAUUUUGUGGAUCAUGUCAAUAAAAAGACGACGUGGGUUGAUCCACGGGCGGCCACUGUGAUGUUCGAGAAUUUGCCCCCAGGUUGGGAGGUGCGCCUCACUCCGUUGGGGCAGAGGUACUUUGUGAAUCAUAACUCUCGCAUUACGGCGUGGGAGGAUCCGCGCUCACCUAUGGGAUGA